AGAUUUUCAAAGAGGAUGCCCAGCUAUGCUGCAUCCUCAUCCACACUCUCCCGCUCCCCCAAAACUAAGUGCAAAAAAGCUUGCCAGGGCCUGCAGAAAGCGCCGCGCCUGCGAGGCUGACACGCGUCUUUCCUUCCCUCCCCCGGGGAAUGAUCCCAGCAUCUCUCGCAGUGAUGUCAGUGUAAUCCUGAGUCGGAUCGGGCUCCCGGCUGGGUGGCGGGGGGGCAGAUGAUGCUCCCGCCAGCUGGGCAGAGCAAGGGUGUUCCCCGCGGAGGUGGCAGCCCUGGGCCGCGGCGUUCCGGAACCCCCGCACCCACGGCGCGGUGCCCCCGGUGCCCGCGAGCGCCGCCCCCGCUGGCUAGCCGCGCCUCGCUCCGCCCUGGACGCCGCCGGUCCCGGCGCGGAGGUGAGGCGGGGAGUGGGAGCCGGCCCGGCUCAGUCUGAUUUACGGCUCUGCUGAAAACCGCUUCGCUCCCGCAGCAUCAGCACCGGAGGCGGCGGCUGCAGCAGCAGCAACAAGUCGGGUCUUUUAGAGUAAUGCAACAGAAGGCUUUUGAGGAAAGCAGAUAUCCCUGGCAGGAGUCCUUUGAGAAUGUUGCUGUGUGCCUGCCAUUCCGCUGCCCGAGGUGUGGAGACCAUACCAGAUUUAGAAGCUUGUCAUCCUUGAGGGCCCAUCUGGAGUUCAGUCACAGCUACGAAGAAAGAACCCUCUUGACAAAAUGCAGUCUCUUUCCAUCCCUCAAAGACACAGACCUAGUCACUUCCUCAGAACUCCUGAAACCGGGAAAAUUGCAGAGCAGUGGCAACGUGGUAAAGCAGAAACCGAGCUAUGUUAACUUGUACAGCAUUUCACAUGAACAUUCCAAGGACAGGAAGCCAUUUGAGGUGGUGGCAGAGAGGCCUGUGUCCUAUGUGCAGACCUACACUGCCAUGGACCUCCGUGCAGACUCGCUGGAUGGGACACGGUCGGGUCCUGGACUGCCCACCUCAGACACCAAAGCUUCUUUCGAGGCACAUGUCAGAGAAAAAUUCAAUCGAAUGGUUGAGGCUGUGGAUAGGACCAUUGAGAAGAGAAUUGAUAAACUCACCAAAGAGUUGGCCCAGAAAACUGCGGAACUGUUGGAAGUUCGGGCAGCUUUUGUGCAGCUGACUCAGAAAAAGCAGGAAGUUCAGAGACGAGAGCGGGCCCUAAACAGACAGGUGGACGUGGCUGUGGAAAUGAUAGCUGUACUGAGGCAACGCCUGACGGAAUCUGAGGAGGAGCUUCUUAGGAAAGAAGAAGAAGUUGUCACAUUCAACCAUUUCCUGGAAGCGGCAGCUGAGAAGGAGGUUCAAGGGAAAGCCCGGCUCCAGGACUUUAUUGAGAAUCUGUUACAGCGGGUAGAACUGGCGGAGAAGCAGCUCGAGUACUAUCAGAGCCAGCAGGCCUCUGGCUUUGUCGGUGAUCUCAGCGGGCACGUGCUUACAGACAUCUCCUCAAAUAGGAAGCCCAAAUGCCUAAGCCGAGGGCACCCACAUUCGGUGUGUAACCACCCUGAUCUCAAGGCCCAUUUCCACCCAAAGGGAAGGAACCACCUGAAAAAGGCCAAGGAUGACAGAGCCAGCAUGCAGCCUGCCAAGGCCAUUCACGAACAGGCUGAGUCCUCAAGAGACCUCUGCAGACCUCCGAAGAAAGGGGAGCUCCUGGGGUUUGGCCGCAAAGGCAACAUCAGGCCCAAAAUGGCUAAAAAAAAGCCAACAGCCAUUGUGAACAUCAUCUAAAAGGGUGGGUGGUGCUGGACCAAUCAUCGCUGGGCUUUGGGGAACAUUGUUCCAGGGGCCAACAGUAAUGUCUUUCUGGAAACAUUCCAUAGUAAGACACAUUGGAAAAGCCAAGGGCAUAACACAGGCAAGCACCUCAAUUAACCAGAGCUUAGCAAAUGGGAAUCUUAGUGAACCAGAAUUUUACUAUAACCCCCUUUUAGAAGCUUGCAAAUUAAAGAAAGAAUAAAAAAAUUAAAUCAAUCUUAAAGCUCUAACUUCUAAAGUAACUGGCCCAGUCUCCAGUAAUCUUGGCAUCUGGGCUUCUAUGCAGUGGUCAUUAAUUUUCAGGACCAAGGCCACACAAAAUGUCAGGCCUAGGGAGAAAAUUCAUCUGUGCCCACUGCUCUCCAAAGUGUGAGGCCAGGAAUGGGAGUGUAAAGUUCUGUUAAUAGCAGUAAAACGAAAAUAUUUGUGUUUGUGUAUAACCUUCCCCUCAGCUAAUUUGAAAGCCUCCAAAAUAAGGAUUCCCAUUCCCCGAGUAUUCUGGUUAAUCAAGAUUUCAAUUUCUGGGUUGCUUAAGCGACUCGUUCAGUCAGACUUCAGUUCUCAUUCCGACAGGGUGUCUUUCAGUUCGUUUGUUUGACUGAGGUUUUUUGGUGGCCUAGAUGCAUGUUUAUUCAGAUUUUGGUACACCUCUGCCGUCUUCUUUGGCUGAGUAUUCUGCACCCACAGACCAUGCUGCCAGCCUCUAUCUUAAUAGCUGCUUCUGUGGAUAUGGCUGGGGAGCGAAGUAAAAUCCUCUUUUGAUUAGCACCCAGCAUGGGCUCGGUGUCUAGGUGGUUGGAAUGACAGUGGACUGCACGCUUGGUGCAUCGUGACCAUCCUGGAAGCACUGCAGGUGUCGCCAAGCCCUUUCCUAAGACCUGCUUUCCGGACAGUGUCAGUGGCCCUCUCUCUUUCUGCUAUGGGCAUGACUUUCUCUUCGCUGGCUUAACUUUUCCACUGGGUGGUUCACUUCGCCUCCUGCUGCUUCUGUGCCCUGUUAAGGCUUCAGGUAUCUUUCAACCAAGUAUCUGGAGUGUUCACUCUAUGUUGCAUUCUAAAGUAAUUUCUGAAAUAAACAAUGCAUGUAGGAGCCAGAAUCUGACACUGUCUUCCCCUCCUUCCUUCCCUAAAAUGUCUUUUGUUUCCACAAAGAGCUGUUAAGAAUUUCCUGCUGUAUGAUUUUCCUCAAGAAUGAAUUUCCAUGUCAUUUUUUCCUUAAAUUUAGCAAUAUCAUCAGGUCUCAUGCAGAGUUUACAAGUGCUGACAUUCUUCUGAAAACAGGAAUAAUUUUGUCCACAAAUAUAUACAUAUAUACAUAUAUAUAACACAUACAAAAUAUAUAUGUUAAGUAUAUUAAUAAUUUAUUUUUAAAUACUCAUGGAGAAAGUGUGUGUUUGUGGUGGGUGGUUUUUAAACUAUAUAUGUUUGUUCAUGUAAACUGAAUUCUCUUAUUUAAAAAAUCAAAACUGUAAUGUAAUUAACAUUGGCAGAAUUAUGAUUGUUACUGCAAUAAGCAUCAAAUUAGCAGCGCAUUAAAAAUAGGAAAUAAAGCAGUUGCUUAAAAUGCCAGUCAAUUGAAAAGUGUAACAUCAUUAUACAAACAUUUUGAACCUACCAUAAUGAAAAUGUUCUUGAAUCUUCACUUUGACUUUCGGUUUAUGGGGGGAUAGAUCAUUCAUGUGAUAUAUAAGCAGCUAUCAAGUGGGCAAAAACAUUGCUGUGAAUAUCACUGUUUAGGCUAACAUUGUAAAAAUUGUAAUGUUAUAAUUAUUAUUUAUUUGGAGAAUUAACUUCCCCCUCUAAAGUUAUUUAUUAUUGAUGCUUAUACCAUGAUUGCACCUUAGCCUUUUACAUACUAAAAACAUAACUUGUUAGUUGUAUUGCAUGCUCUUUGUCCCGUAAUGUGUGUGCAAUGACAACUUGUUUCUGUUUUAUUUAAAGUAACUGACAUUUUGGAUUUUCAUCUAACAUAGAGGGCAUGGCAACUCUCUUUGACAGUGGUACCCCAUGAUCUUCAGAAAGUACCAUAAUGUCAUCCUACUCUACAUUUCACAAGACAAAUUAUUUUGAGAUUUAUUAUAUUAAAAUUUUUUUUUAAGUUCCCACUAAAUUUUGACCCCCAUAUAAAGAAAUGUGUUAUGUGUGUUGUGCCUCCUUAGAGACAUAAAUUUAGUGUCAAAACAUGGGAGAUGGCUUACUCAGAAGCAUACUCCACUUAACACACCAUGGCCUGAGCUAAGUACCAUGUCCUGUUUGUGUCUUAUUUUUAAAUAUUUUCUUUGUCCACAUGGGCAGUUGACCUUAGAGUUAAGGCGGUUGCUUUUUUGAAGAAAUCACCAAAGUUUCUGGGAAACUAUGUUCAAGGUUAAAAUGGAGAGUAGAUUUAAUCUUAUUUGUCUUGUAGGGAAGAAAUCUUCCUUUGAACCGUUUUUCUUGCUUUUUCCCUUUUUCCCAAACUAGGUUACAGAUUCUUAUCUGCAAGAUUCAAGUUGCUUAGACAUUGUUUUCCAGUAUUCUGCAGGGCCAGUCAGUUGUACAGAAGUUGGAAUAUUCUGUUCCAGAAUUAAAGAAGUUUUUAGAUUAUGAAAUAUUAUGAUAAUAAAGCUAUAUUUCUGACUAA